GCAGGGGGCGCUGGAUAGAAAGUUCCCUAGUGGAGGAAAACAGGUUUUCGUGUUAAUUAACCAUCUCAUUUUCCGAUGGAGGUGCUUCUGUCAGCCGAUUAGGGAAUAUGGGAAAUGGAUGUGGAUCAGAUGAUCGAGAAGAGAUUAAAUCCAACUAGAAUCAAAGCUUUUCCUACUCAAAGAAAUUCCAACCGGAUGUGGGAGGGUUCUAAGCCAUGACUACCAACGAUUAUCCAUCAUUAUGGGGCUUUGGAACAACAAAAACAUUUAAAAUUCCUGUGGAACAUUUGGAUUUUAAGUACAUUGAAAAAUGUUCAGAUGUUAAACACUUGGAAAAAAUUCUUUAUGUGCUCAGCCUCCUGUCCUCCCUCAGCAUCCCCGCUGGUGCCCAGACACAGUCGAUGUUACAACCUCCUCAUUUCCGAAACAGAGAGUCUGGUGAGGAAGGAUAUUAUCCUGAACUUACGGAAUUCUGUGAAAAUCGUCUUAAAGGCUUGGCUCCUGAAAGUAGAGCUUUGAGGAAAGAUAAACCUGCAGCAACAGCGGCCAGUUUUACAGCAGAAGAAUGGGAAAAAAUUGACGGCGAUAUAAAGAGUUGGGUUUCGGAAAUUAAAAAAGACGAAAAUAAAAUGCACUUUCAUGAAACUGAAGCAUCUCCAGCAAUGGAAGAUCAUUUGCCUCCAGUUCGUGGUUCAAACAGCUGUGUUCAUGUUAGUAAGGAAAAAUAUUCUAAUACCAGACGACCUAAAAAGAAAAUUCCGAGGGAUUAUGCAGAAUGGGAUAAGUUUGAUGUGGAAAAGGAAUGUUCAAAAAUUGAUGAAGAUUACAAAGAAAAAACUAUAGUAAAUAACAAGUCACAUUUGUCUAAAAUUGAGACAAGAAUAGACACAGCAGGUCUAACUGAGAAGGAAAAGACUUUUCUUGCUACUCAUGAAAAGGAAAAAGGAAAUGAAGCUUUUAACUCAGGGGACUAUGAAGAGGCUGUGAUGUAUUAUACUAGGAGUAUAUCCGUGCUCCCCACUGUGGUGGCCUAUAACAACCGUGCUCAAGCAGAACUCAAACUACAGAACUGGAACAGUGCUUUCCGGGAUUGUGAAAAGGUCUUGGAGUUAGAACCUGGAAACUUGAAAGCUCUUCUGCGCCGUGCCACUACAUAUAAACAUCAGAACAAGCUCCAGGAAGCUAUAGAAGAUUUGAAUAAAGUACUGAAUGUUGAACCUGAUAAUGAGUUGGCCAAAAAGACCUUGUCGGAGGUUGAGAGAGAUCUGAAAAAUUCUGAACCUGCAUCUAGGGCUCAAACCAAAGGGAAGAGAAUGGUUAUCCAGGAAAUAGAAAACUCAGAGGAUGAAUGUGGGAAGGACAGCGGAAGAGCCCAGGAAGACGGCAGUGGAGAUAAGAAGGCCGCGGAGCCGGCGGGACCCGGGAGCGCCGCCGAGCCGCGCGCCAUGGGCAACAUCCAGAAGAAGCUGACCGGCAAAAGCGAGGGCGGCAAGCGGCCCGAGAAGGGCGCGCCGCGGCGGGGUCGGGCGCCCGGGGCCGGCGCGGACAAGCGGGGCCGUCUGCGGGCCCCAGCGGCGGCGGGCAGCGGGCGGGGCGCCGGGGACCCCGCCGCCGCCGCCGCCCCCGCGGGCCCGGUCCCCGCCGCCACGCUCGGCCCCGCGGACCUGAAGAGCCAGGGCAACGAGCUGUUCAAAAGCGGCCAGUUCGCCGAGGCGGCCCUCAAGUACUCGGCGGCGGUCGCGCAGCUGGAGCCCGCAGGAAGCGGAAAUGCAGAGGAUCUAAGUAUCUUAUAUUCAAAUAGAGCGGCGUGUUACCUAAAAGAAGGAAACUGCAGCGGCUGCAUUCAAGACUGUAACAGGGCUCUGGAACUUCAUCCAUUCUCAGUCAAACCUCUUCUUCGUCGAGCAAUGGCCUAUGAAACUUUAGAGCAGUAUCAGAAAGCUUAUGUGGAUUAUAAAACAGUGUUGCAGAUAGACUGCAGAAUCCAGCUGGCAAACGACAGUAUUAACAGAAUAACAAGAAUUUUAAUGAAUCUGGAUGGACCAAGCUGGCGGGAGAAGCUGUCACCCAUUCCUGCUGUGCCCACUGCUGCACAUGUGCGAGCCUGGCAGCCUGUGGAGACGCCCCCCAACCAAGGGGGAGAUUCCUGCAGCCGGCCCCAGCCCAGCAUCGCAGAUGAAAAAAUGUUUAAAACCCUUAAAGAAGAAGGAAAUCAAUGUGUAAAGGACAAAAACUAUAAAGAUGCCCUUAGUAAAUACAGUGAAUGCUUAAAGAUUAACAACAAGGAAUGUGCCAUUUAUACAAACAGAGCUCUCUGUUACUUGAAACUGUGCCAGUUUGAAGAGGCAAAGCAGGACUGUGACCGGGCACUUCAGAUCGAUGAUGGGAACGUGAAAGCGUGCUAUAGACGAGCUCUGGCUCAUAAAGGACUCAAGGAUUAUGAGAAAAGUUUAAACGAUCUCAAUAAAGUUCUUCUACUAGAUUCAAGUAUUAUUGAGGCAAAGAUGGAACUGGAAGAAGUAACCAGAUUCCUUAACAUUAAGGACAAUACAACAUCAUUCAACAAAGAAAAGGAGAGAAGGAAAAUUGAGAUUCAAGAGGUGAGCGAAGGCCAGGAAGAGGAGCCUGGAAGGACCUCGGAGGAGCUCUCCACUGACUGCCCUGUCUCUGAGAACGGGGACACAACCAGGGGGCCACCAGAAUUCUGUGAAAAACUACCCAUCACCAAGCCUAACAACGCCUAUGAGUUUGGUCAGGUUAUAAAUGCUAUCAGUAUGCGGAACGAUAAAGAAGCCUGUGCACACCUUUUAACCCUCACUGAACCGAAAGAUUUGCCAGUGUUGUUGAGUAACAAACUUGAAGGGGAUACAUUCCUCCUCCUUAUUCAGUCUCUGAAAAAUAAUCUUAUUGGUAAAGAUCCCUCAUUGGUGUAUCAGCAUCUUUUAUAUCUGAGUAAAGCAGAGAGGUUCAAGAUGAUGUUGACACUAAUUAGCAAGGGCCAGAAGGAGCAAAUUGAACAGCUCUUUGAUGACCUCUCAGGCACACCUAACAAGCAUUUUACUUUAGAAGAUGUACAGGCCCUAAAAAGGAACUAUGAGCUUUAAGUCAAGACUAUUGUUAGAUUUCUUCCAUGCAUGUAUGUAUUCCAGUAAUGCUAGUGGGAUGGUAUUGUAAUAGAGUUGCAUGGAUGAAACCUGGUUUAGAAAAGAUCCUUUGAUCUGGAGUAUAAAGUAUUUUACUUAUUUUUAUACAUAGAACAUGUAUAUUCUACAAUAUGCUUUUUAUCAGUUGUAAAUAUUUUCUUACGUACCAAGACCUAACAUCUUUAUAUUUAACAAUUAUAUUUGGAACUUGUUUAAAGUACAUUUUAAUUUAUAGUACACAUUUUCUUUUAAUUACUCUCGUUGAAAAUUUGAGUUGAAUUACAUUUCUUUGGACUAUGAAGGAUUCCUCUAAAGUGUGAUAGAAAUGUAUUUCUUUAAAAAUCAUUAACAGUGAUUAUUAUAUUACCUUUAUUUCCUGCUAUGAUACAUAUAUAUAUAAAUCCCUUUUGUACUAGUUGUAUAUUACAGUAAGCUAGAGUGAAAUGCAACACUUAAGUCUUAUAAUAAAUGAUUAAUAGUGAUUAUUAAUUUAAGAGCUUUAAGAGGAACUUAUUUUUUUCUUAACAUGGAAACAUUCAGAACAAAAAUUGGCAAAAAUUUCUACUACUUUUUACUAGAUUUUAAAUUAAAUAUCUUGCUUAUGUAAAUAACAAAAUCACUACUGUAUAAAAGCAGACUAAGCCUGCAUUUUGUCACCUCCACAUUUUCCUCCAAGUUUAAAUGUCCCUUUUCCUCCUCCUUUAAGCAUGACCGUAUUUUAUUCCCUUGAAGUGAAGAGAUCUUAUCAUAUUGAAAAUUCCUUUGUUAACUUGGUCAAAGUAAAGGCAUUUCUUAAAAUAAAACAUUCAGGUCUGUA